AUGCGCUUCUUCGCCGCUCUGCUCGCCAUUCUGCCCCUGGCCUUCGCCCUCGACAAGCCUCUCGACAUCGAAGUCACGCACAAGGUCGAGUGCGAGCGCAAGACCGUCGCCGGCGACAAGGUCGACGUGCACUACCGCGGCACUCUCGAGAAGGAUGGCACCGAAUUCGACGCCUCGUACAAUCGCGGCCAGCCGCUCUCCUUCACCGUCGGAAAGGGCAUGGUGAUCAAGGGCUGGGACCAGGGCCUGCUCGACAUGUGCCCCGGCGAGAAGCGCAAGCUCACCAUCCAGCCCGAGUGGGCCUACGGCUCCCGCGGUGUUGGCCCCAUCCCGGCCAACAGCGUGCUGAUCUUCGAAACGGAGCUCGUCAAGAUCCACGGCGCCAAGGACGAGCUAUGA